CCUGCUUCAUUUUGCAACAACAAGGAUAGAGUAAAUUAUUUAGUUUGGCCGAAAAGACCGAGAAAUCCAAAUAUGGAUGUAUGGGCUUUUGCAGAUGACUGACUGUGUUGAAGAUGGCAGCCAUGUUUUCCGUGCGUGUUGUCACAACUGAACACUACUUGGCUGACCCUAUUCCAGGGCUUGAUGUCACACAGUGCGAGUUCCGAGGCACCGAGGUCAAGAAGGUCCCCAUCCUGCGUAUUUUUGGAUCAACCCCAGCCGGUCAGAAGACGUGUCUACAUGUGCAUGGAGUAUUCCCGUAUCUGUAUGUGCCGUAUGACGGGACGGACCCCUGGGAGCGCUAUCUGCGGCAGUUCGCGGCCAGCCUCGACAAGGCCAUCAAUAUCGCUAACAAUACCAAGUCAAAUCCUCAACAUGUUCACAAGCUGUCACUCGUCACAGGAAUCCCUAUGUAUGGUUACCAUGCCAAAGAACAAGAAUUUAUCAAGAUCUACCUCUAUAAUCCAACUUCUGUCAAAAAGGCAGCUGACCUGCUAUUAGCUGGUGCAGUGAUGAGUAAACCGUUCCAGCCAUAUGAAGCCCACAUCCCAUACCAUCUGCAGCUCUUCAUUGAUUUCAACUUGUAUGGGAUGAAUCUGAUUAACGCUGGAGCUGUCAAGUUCAGAAGAAAAAAAGACCAUGGUAAAAAGAAAUCGAAGCAGACAUGUUCAUCUCCAGCUGUUCUUUCCACUUCCACACUGGAUUGUACUGCUGAUUGUGGUGGUGGAAAUACACCUAGCUUGAGGAAGUGGGAUCCAGACAAUAUUCCUGAAGAAAUGUACUUGCCAUAUAAUGUUCCACGUCAGAGUUCGUCGGAACUUGAGGCCGACAUUGUGGCUGCAGAUAUUCUAAACAGGUUGGAAGUGGGCAGUAAUAUUGGCACUAACCCGGGUCUGGCUGCGUUGUGGGAGGACGAGAAACAGCGACGGAGAGACCAGGGUCAGGACUCACAGAUCACUCCCCCACAGUCUCAGGACCAUGGUGAAGUGAAAACAUCUGAAAGCGAAACGAAUUACCAUAAAAGAUUGCAGGAAAUCAUUGAAGAACAAAAGUCCUAUAUUAGCAGUCAGUCUGAGCCAUCCGAUGGAGAAACGUCCCAGGAUGAAGGGACCCAGUCUGGUAUAGCAGCAACCCCAGCCUCACUGGUGGAGAUUCAUCAGUCACAGGACACAGAUUCUGUGUCUCAGCACUCGGAUACCGUGGAGGAGGAUCCCCCUGUCGUUAGUCUGGAGUCCAUCCAGCGAGUACUGUCCUUCAGCCAGAGUUUCUCACAGCCAUCACCACCCGAGGAAACUACUGCAGACAUAUCCAUCACUGAUGUGUUGGCUUCACUUGCUAAAGAAUCAUCCCCAGCUUCCUCUCAGCUGACCCCAUCGCAGUUGUCUGCCCUUGAGGAUGAGGACAGUGUGAUGGCAGACGUUGUGCCGGAUGCUGAGCUGCUGGAGCGGGACGAGGAGGAGACGUUGGAGAUGUCACAGAGAGUGUGGGACGGCGCAGAUGAAGAGAUGGGCGAGGACAAGUCUCCUUCUAGUAUCACUGCUGUUGAAUAUGAUGUACAGGGCAUUGAUGAUACGUGGGAUUCUUCUCUAGAGUUACCAGAGGAGCAAGAAUCAGCCGACAGUGUAAUCCCACAGUUAGAUGGUGCAUCCGAUGAAAAACCUGAAUCUAAAAGACCGAAGAAGCGUCUUGGCGUGAGGGGGCCUGUGUUAUCACCACAGUAUGAAAGUACAAGCUAUCAAGCCCCACACUCGUAUGGCAGAGAAUACAGCACUGAAUCAGGUUAUGCAGCCUCAGCCCAAGAUACAGCAUCAGUUCAGCGAUUAGGGAACCCAAAUCCAGAUUACAGUCAUCAAUGGAACCAAGACUCUCAAAAUCCUUCUGGCCAUCGGAGUCAGCCGCAGUAUCAGAACUGGCAGCACAGUACUUGGCAGCAAUCUCCUGUGAACGUAUCCAACAACUUCCAGACGUAUUACAACCACCCACAGUCCUCCGAGUCAAACUUCAGAUACUCCUCCUAUCCCAUUCACAGCCCUGAUUCCUCUGGUUAUGUUGUGCAUUCUCCAUCAUAUAAUGUGAACACCUCGAGUCAUUUCUCUGGCACUCAAGGCAUUGGUGUUGCAUCACAAGACUCCUAUCAACAGAUGAUGCAGUUUGGAAGUGAGAAUAUGGGUGCACAUGAAUACACAAACACAAAAGGGUAUUCGCAUGCUUCUGGGCACCAGUCUUCUGGACAGUGUAGUGAGACCAAUGUUAACCUAGGCAGCAGCCAUGAGCUGAUGUCUGAGACAGAACGAUAUGGUCAGAUGGUUGGCACUUUGACCUCUUCAUUGCAGCACACGGAUAUGGCGACAACUGUUACUGAUCUUGACACUCUUCAAACGUGCAUCAGUCCCAGCAGCACGAUGAGCAGAGCCAUCUCUGGGAGCGACAGCAGUCAGCAGGACCUGUUCGGCAGUCCCCAUGACGUCACCAAGGGCAGAUCUAUGUCCCUUGAUGAAAACAGCCAUUCAGAAUGCCUUAUGGAUUUGUCUGAUUGUCGUGGCUUUAUGCCGGAGAGUUACAAAUCUAUAAGCACUGAUAAUUUGUGUACAGACAUCAACUUGAGUUCUUCGUUUCUUCCUUCAGCUUUAACGGUGAACAAAGAAGGCAGCUAUCCAUCCUCUGCUAUGUCAGGACUUUUUAAUCUGGUAUCCAAUAUCAGCGAGGGCAGCAUGUAUGAAGCUACAAGUAAACAAACUACGGGAAAACGUCACCUUACAAAGUUAUCUCUGAAGCGGUCACGUUCUUGUUCCUCUACUGUUUCCGAUAGUAAAUUAGAUUGUGCGUCAGGCUGGAGAGCUCAGUCAGAAUCUUUGACCAAUGUUUGGAAUGUUUCUGACUUCUCUGGCUACUCACCAGAAACAGGUUUACCAGUAUUCAGUAACAGAACAACAGAAUCCUGGACAGGUGGUAGAUCUUCUAGUAACCAAACCAGUCGGAGCAAAUUGGGAAAAUCUAAGAGUAAGACGAGAUGUCGAUUAAAAACAGUGUGUUCACAACCAGUACCAAAAGAUGCGGCGUAUACCUACGCUUUCCACGUACCGACUCCAGUAUUCAAGAGACUGAAGCUGCAUCAGAAGGACGUUCAGGAUAAAGUUAAAGUGGUCAGAAUGCAUCCCAAGGAUGCCAGGAAGUACAGUCUACUUAAGAUAGGAAGAGAGGUGGUGGAGGUCCAGAAAUUGUCGACUCAUGAUAUUUUAAAAUACAGCAAAUGCCACAGUGAUACUGCUGAUAUUGAACAUGAUGCCAUGUUAGCAGUGAAAGAUGAUCAUGUGUCACUCACUUCACCUAAAGCUGCUCUGUUUGGUAGCAUCUUUGAAAGAAAUUCUUUGGUAGCGGAAAAACCAAAUAUAGAUUCAUCCACUACAUCACCUGUUUCUGCUGUAUCUGACCGAUUCAUUGGAAAUGGUUCUUUGGGAGAAGUGAAACCAGAGGGAGUGUUUGUGACAUCAUCUGUAGUUUCUUCAUCCAGUAGCAUAACAGAAAAUUGUAACCUAAUAGCAAACAAACAAACCGGAGAGUCACCACCAUCAGUUGCUGCUUGCCCUACUGGAGGCAUCAUUGCCUCGUUGUUACUCGGUAUUGAUGAAGCACCCAAAACACAGUCACAGUCAAUUCUGCAUCCUAAAGAUACAGAUGACAGACAAAGUGGAGACCACCAAAAGAAGUGUUUUUUAGAUAAGGAACAUUUUCAAGAAUAUGUUAAGAUAGCAACUGCAUCAUUAGAAGUUGCUGAGAAAGCAACAAAACUGGAGACCAUGAUAGAGAAAAAAAUAGAAACUAUAAUUAACCCACAUAAGAUUAGUCCUGAAAUCAAGCAGAACACGGAUUUUCUAGCAGGAAAACCUUUGGGUCCUGUUAAGAAAACGUCAGAUUCCAACUCUUUCUCUGCAGCUUUUGAACAGUUUGUUAUGGCCAAUUUAUCACCAGAAGAUAAGAAAAAAACCUUCUUGAAAAUGAUGCAAGUGACGAUAGUGAAAAAUAAUGUAGGUAAACAGUUAUAUAAAAAUGAAAUGGAUAAAUCAGACAAACUUGAAUCUGUUUGUUGUGUGGAUGAAGACAAAAGUAUUAUAGCAAACACUGAAAAAUCACGAAAUCAGUCCAAAAUGCCAGAUAACUCUAGUGGUAGAGAAGGGAUGAAGCCAGAAUUGAUGGAUUGGCAGCAGGAUGGCAAAAUUCAAUCUCUUCAUGUAGAAAACACUCCACCACAUUGCCAGACUGGACACUGUCCCGUAUCACCCAUCAAAUCGGACAGUCAUCAGGAGCAUUCACACCACUGUAACCCAAAGCCAGAGGCCUGUGAUAGUUUACAAGAAGACCUGUUUGACAAUAGUAGUCCAAAUGAUGCAACUUGCACUACACCCCAUGGUUGUAAUCAGGAUGAUGUAUCUCAGAGCGGUAAUUCGGAAGAAGAUGUUCCCCUAGUUACACAGAACCAAUGUCAAAGUGAUUCAGGCAACAACUGUGAUUCAUUCAACAACUGUAGCCCAAAGAAUGCAUCACAAGAUGAACAUCUGCACUGUGUACUCCCUGCUGGACUGAACUGUAACCAACAAAAUUCAUCUAAUGGCUGUAGUCCAAAACACGAAUCCAUUGUUUGUAACCCAGAGGAUAUAUCUCACUGCUGCGAUUCUGAUUUUUCUUCCAGUAAAGAUGACCAAGAAAACAGACACAAGACCGGUGAUUCAGAAAUUACCUCCUGUCUAGAACGAGAAAGUGGAAACUCGGCAUGCAGUACACAGGUAUGUGGUGAUACACUAAGUGUAGAUCUUACUCACAAAACUCAGGGUGAUACUCAUCCUCUAGAAACUUCAAAUGUUUUUCAAGAACAGAUUGAUGAUUUGACACUGAGAAACAAUUUUAUUUUAGAUGACGUAACUUCUUUGAAAGGCAGCAGCGAGGAAGAAAAAGUCAGAAGUUUAUUUAAAGAUUCCAUCAACACUGAACAUUUUACAACAGGAGUUUUUCAUGAUUUGAAAACUAAACCUGUCAAACUGGAUGCUGAAUUUCUAGAAUCUGAGAGGGAACAACUAAGUGAAGCUGAGUCAGCUAUGUCCAAUGCCCAGUCCAGAACUUCUUCUAGAACCAGCUCACGGAAAGAGUCGUCGGACAGUAAUGAAUGUGUCUUUGAAGAUGUCUUUGUAAAACAACCACAUAAUAAAAAACACAUUCAGAAAAGGGUGGACACAAUUUCUGAAUGUUCUGACAGCAAUCUUGAAUUGCAUGACAUGUAUUUUGAUAGCUAUUCUUUAGAAAUUCGGAGAAAGAGGACUGCUGCAAAUUAUUCUCCAAAUGCUUUCUCUCACUUGUUUAAAGUGGGAAAGCCUAAUGAAACUAAACCAGACACUAAGAAAAAGAAAACUAGGAAAACUGACCAAAAGUUGAUCCUUGGUGUCCAUUACAUUAUAGUAGGAAAGUUCAAAGGCUAUAAAUCAAUGGGUGUCAAGCUGAAGAGACUAAACAUGGGCAUUGAUGAAACGGUAAGUGUAACAGAGUACCUAGACAGACACAAGGAGGAAAAGGAGUUCAUGAAAAAGGCUACUGUAAAAGCUUUACAAAAGUUCAGAUUCAAAGGCUCAAGUUUGGCAUCAAAUGAAAACCACAUGUUGGAGGACAAUUCUUUGACUGAGAAAACGGACAAGCAUUCUUUGCAGAAAAUGAGUAAAAAGUCUCAUAGUAAGUCUGUGAAGUGCCUUUCAGAUAUGAAAGAAAAUAAUAGUUUUGAUAGUUCUUCAGCAACAUCUAGUCAUAGUGAAUGUGAUAAUCAUAAUUUGAGUUUUACUGAAACAUCUACAGUCGCUGUACUGGUGAGUGAUGAUAUCUCCACAAGUGACAUGUCAAGACAUCAAUCUACUGGUGACAUGUCAGCAAGUGACAUAUCAGCACCACUUGAUUCCACUGACUCUGAUAAAGAGGGUUUAAUUUCAUUACAAAAUAUUAAGAAAAGUAUUAAAACCAAACACUCCACCUUGAGGCACACUGUGUCUUUUGAUGACAUGGAUCAAUGCUUUGAUAGUAACAGUGAUGUAACAUUCAAUAUGAAAAUGGACAGACACAAUCUUUCUCUCAAGAAGAAGCCUCCUCCACCUGCCGAUGGUGAUCGUGUGGAGUUGACAACAACAAUUGAUAAGAAAAUUUUUCCUAGUUCUUACCAGACAGCAGAAAAGAUUGAGAUGUUUUCCAAAGACAUCGAAUCGGACACUGCAUUAGCAACAGGAAGUACUGCCUUCAUCUCUGGAGACCAUUCUGAAUUCUUUGACUCCAGUAAUUCAAACGAUUCUAACUCCAAUUUUGGUCAGAGCUGUUUUAAAAGUAAGACACUGUCUCCUCCACAUGAAGCCAGUGCUCCGAGUGCUGUGGGUCAGGCUAAUAACAGUGACAGGAAAAAGUCAACGAGAAAGAAGCUGACACGGAAUCAGAAACUAGGUGUAGCAUUUCUAUCCACCCGACGUAAGAAGAAAGCAAACAAAGAUGCUGGGAAGCUGAUGAACAGUUUGUCUCUGCUUCACCAGGCGACUCUGGAGAGCCUGGUGGUGGAUAAAAGUACAGAUUUACCCUCUGAUGCAGGCAUCACUUCAGACACUCUCAAAAUGUCUGAAAACAUUAAUGUAAAUCCUGACUGUGGUAACAAGGAUGUUUCAGGAAACAAUGCAUAUCCUGGUGGACUUGGUGAUGAUUCUAUAUGUAAAGAAGACAAUUCAAUUGAUUUGUUUCAGACGUCAAACAGUAAUGUGAGUUUUUCUGGGUUUUCCAGACAGACGUACACUGACAAGACUGAUGACUAUGAAGUGACAUUUGAUGACACAAUGUAUAAGUUGGCCUUAUUCUCUCCUCCCCUCUCCGAUCUGGGGGAGGUGUCACCGCCCGUGCCUUUAUCUCCUGUAGAGCUUGCUAGUUAUUCACCAAAGAUACCUCUAAGCACUGCCAAUACUUGCACCAAACUGAUGGGUACUAGCCCUACGUUUGAAAAGAAUGGUAUACAAUAUAGUACAGAGUCGAUAUAUGAAACACCACUGUCAAGUGUGGAGAACCAGAAAGAUUUGUCCAACAUGACUGAUGUUAAAGUUGUAGAUCACACUGAAGGUGGCACCAAAACUUCAAGAAAUCUCAAAGUUUCUACCCAUUCAAGUGAUGGUUUAAGUUCUACAUCUGAUAUUUCUCCUUUGAAAACUGCUGUAGUGAAAUUAUCUCCCAUGAUGUUAUCUGACAUUUCAAAUUUGAACGCUCAGUGGAGAGACAGAAGUACAAACGAGAAAUGUCCAGAUUCAAUGCUUUACUCGAACAACAAGCAUGAUAGUGUGUCUAAUGAUCCCUGUUGGCAGGAUUGUAGCCAGAAUGUUCCGAUGGGGAAUUCACAGAGACAGAAUGUGGAAACAUGUCAACAUAUUGCUGAUGACAUUGAUGUGAUAGAAAACCCAGACAGACAGAAUUUGGAAAGACAAUAUUCUAAAGAAUCAGACUUUUCUUAUCAUUCAUGCCCAAAGAUUGACUCUGUUACCAGCCUAAGUGACAACUGGUUACAUCUGUCUGAGUGUCCCCAGACGGAACUGGUGUAUGAUCCUUACAGUAACCCCAUCAAGGACCCACAGUAUGAUGAUAUUUCUUCUGAUGAGGACACUGCUGAACCAGCUGAUGGAGAAAAGAGUAAAGAUAAAGGAAGUGCAUCCACCAAGAGUUCUGUUCCAUCAAAGUCCGCAGUUCCCAUCAAGACUGUUGAAGCAGAUAAUUCACGUAAUGAAGGUCUACCAUCUUCUGAUGCUCACUUGCAGAGUUCCAUACGAGGAGGGGGGAUGUCUGAUGAUGAUGCUGGAAAACUUGUUAUUUGCCCUCAAGUUCUUCCACCUUCAAGAAAAAUGGUGGGUCUUACAGCAGCUGCACAUGGACUGGGCAGUGUUCAGGCGACAAGAGCCUUCUGCAGUAACCCGGCGGACUUGCCAGGCAAUCCAAGACUGCUGGGUGGACCACAGUCCAAGCUCCAGUCAGUGCUGGUGAAGGAUCUUCCAGACUUCAGAUCCAGCACAUCAGAAACUUUGCUGUCAUGGAGACAGCAAUUUGUAACUAAAACCAGAAUAUUUUCUUCUCAAACUAAUAUUGAACCUCUGUGGGAGAAACUACAAAAAGACCCUGACUUUAAGUAUAUAUUAACUGAAGAUAAACACUGCGUUCUUACCCCAUGCAGACCUCCACCCUGCAAGAAACAGAUACAGAAAUGGUUAAAUGGCAAGCAGUUGGUUCUUAAACAUGUCACUAAGAAUGAAGGUGAUAGGACUAUGACAGAAAGUGACUCAAACACAACACUGGAUGUGUGUGUAGAUAAAUUAAAGACCUCUAGAAAACAGAAGCUGUCUGAACAAGACAGUAGUAUGGAUGUUUAUGAUGACAGCACUCUUGUAGAUAAUAGUGCUAAUACAACCAGUGGGCAAGACCAUCCUGCUAGCCAGGUUGUUAGAGACAGCAGUGUAUAUGAUGGAAAACAAACUGACUCAGCCAUGGACACUGAUAGACCAUGUGUUCAGAUUAUUCACAUGAAGGGCACUUUGUCUUCUGGAAAUCUCAGCACAGACGUCAAGAAAGAAUGGUCACCGAAUGAUAAAAAUAGAAAUGGAAAGUCCCGGUGGGACCAGACUGAAGGUCAUGAUGCGUUACUUCCUAGGCAUCAACAGACAGACACGAUGGAAUCCUCAGUUCUGCACAGUACACCUCAUAGACAUAAAUCUUCACGUGUCGUGUUCGAGCCUUCCUGCAGUCCUAUAGAUUCUGGUCAGAGGAAGUCGAAACACAGAAAAUGUGAUAAUCGAACACAGGAACAAGCAGCACCUGAAGAGAAGGACUUUACUCUCCCAAAAACUGUCCAUCCACCACAGUCAACAUCUAGAGAAGCAUCGACACCUCUGAAACCAGCCCCAACAGCGCCAUCAGUGAACAGACAACCAUCAUUACAGAAAUCUGCUGGAGAUGCUCAAUUAAAGACUCCUCUAAGGACGUCCACAUCGAAGGGAAGUAAUGUUUCUCAAAUUGAUGGCCCAACACCAAAGAAUACUUGUGGAUUUAAGUACACACAGCAAAACAUGCAAAAUGCAAAGGCUAUACAUGAGUACCAGUAUUUAACCUUGCUGAGCAUGGAGUUGCAUGUGGAGACACGGGGAGACCUGCGACCUGACCCUGAGGUCGACUCCAUCCAAGUCUUGUUCUACUCCAUCCUCAACGAUGUGCCUCCCAGUGAGGGAGACCGUUGGGUCACUGGACUCAUCAUUGUCGAUAAGACCUCCGCCCAGCAAGAUGUCAGAGUUCUUCCUGGUCAGUGUGAUCCUGGACCAGAUACUGGGGGUAAUUCUAGUCUCAGACCAUCAAUGUCAUCACCAAAACCGUCAACCUCCUCACACCUACCAUCAACAAGUUCAUCAUCAUCGGCAGCUUCACCCUCCAAAUCUCACCAGCCCUCUCCUACAUCAAAGAAACACAUGCCCACCCUUUUCCAGAAGUCUGGAGUGUCUGAGAAGAAUGUGUGUUACGUGAUGUCUGAAGAAGAACUCAUUGACUCAUUUAUUACUCUUAUAGCACGGUGGGAUCCUGACAUACUUGUGGGCUAUGAGAUUCAGAUGUUGUCAUGGGGAUAUAUCAUUCAAAGGUCUUCACACCUUGGUGUGAACCUCUACACCAAGUUAUCCAGAAUUCCUGACACGAAAGAAAGCAAACAUUAUCAGGAACACAAUGAUGACUGGGGGGCAGCCCAAUCGUCUGAAAUCCACGUCACUGGGCGGAUAGUCCUCAACUUGUGGAGACUUCUCAGACACGAGGUUACUCUAAAUAUCUACAGCUUUGAGAAUGUGGCCUUCCAUGUUCUUCACCAGAGAUUGCCAGCCUAUUCCUUUCGCACUCUGUCAUUGUGGUAUGGCAACCGGCUACAUCAUAACAGAUGGCGAGUGGUUGAGUAUUACUUGAAACGAGUUAAAGCCAACAUUGAAAUCAUUGAUCAGCUAGACCUGGUUGGAAAGACGAGUGAGUUUGCUCGAGUGUUUGGAAUUGAAUUUUUCGAUGUUCUCUCAAGAGGAUCCCAGUAUCGAGUAGAGUCGAUGAUGCUGCGACUGGCAAAACCGAUGAACUUCAUCCCCGUGUCGCCCAGUGUCCAGCAGCGUGCCAGGAUGAGGGCAGGGGAGUGCAUCCCGCUGACUCUGGAACCCAAAUCUCAGUUCUACAUGGACCCUGUCGUCGUCCUCGACUUCCAGUCUCUCUAUCCCUCCAUCAUGAUCGCUUACAAUUAUUGCUUUUCUACAUGUCUCGGGAGAUUAGAAUGUCUCGCGAAUGCACAGGAUGGGCCAUUUGAAUUUGGAUGUACGUCUCUAAACAUCAAACCUUCCCUGCUCAAGAAACUUGGAACUGAUGUCACGGUUUCACCAAAUGGUGUUGUGUUUGUGAAACAAAAUGUCCGACAUGGCAUUCUUCCCAAGAUGGUUGAAGAAAUAUUAAAUACGAGACUAAUGGUUAAGAAAUCCUUGAAGACUAACAAGGCAGACAAGGUUCUGAGCCGGUUACUGGAUGCCCGACAGCUUGGACUGAAGUUGAUAGCAAACGUCACCUACGGUUACACAGGAGCAAGCUUCUCCGGGCGCAUGCCCUGUAUUGAAGUUGGUGACAGCAUAGUACGCAAAGCUAGAGAAAGUCUGGAGCUGUCAAUCAAACUGGUUGAGGAUACUCCACACUGGAGGGCAAAGGUCGUUUACGGAGAUACAGACAGCAUGUUUAUCUUGCUGAAAGGUCGCAGUAAGGAUGAGGCAUUUGUUGUGGGCCAGGAGAUUGCUGAUGCGGUUACUAACAUGUUUCCUAAACCAAUGAAGCUCAAGUUCGAGAAGGUGUAUUUGCCAUGUGUUCUGCAAACAAAGAAACGGUAUGUGGGUUUCAUGUACGAAAAUCCCGAUCAGAAAGACCCGGUUUACGAUGCUAAGGGUAUUGAGACGGUGAGGCGAGAUGCUUGUGCAGCGGUUUCAAAGGUGUUGGAGCGGUCCAUCAAGCUGCUGUUCACGAGCCGUGACAUGUCGCAGGUGAAGCAGUACGUGCAGCGACAGUGUAACAAGUUGAUGGAGGGCAAAGUGUCCAUCCAGGACUGCGUGUUUGCCAAGGAGUACCGCGGGAUGGCGGGAUACAAGCCGGGCGCCUGUGUGCCAGCGCUAGAAAUAGCCAGGAAACUGUUGCGCCAGGACCGUCGUGGUGAGCCGAGGGUGAGCGAGCGAGUGCCGUACGUGAUCGUGUACGGAAGUCCCGGUCUGCCGCUCAUCCAGCUGGUGAGACAACCCCUCGAGUUGCUGCGAGACCCCACGCUGCGGAUCAACGGUGUCUACUACAUCACCAAACAGAUCCUGCCUCCACUCGGCAGAAUGUUCUCCCUCCUGGGCAUCGACGUCUUUACCUGGUACCAAGAAAUACCAAGGGUAAUCCGAUUUGUGCCACAGUCAGUUGUGGGAGCAGAUAAUAAGAAAGGAACGAUCUCUCAGUAUUUUGUGACGACCAACUGCCCGAUCUGUGACGAGCAGUCGAAGCAGCCCAUCUGUCCGACAUGCCUGUCUGACUGCCAGAUGACGGCCGUCACAUUGAUGGAGAACACCAGGCUGUGUGCCAGGGUCCACGACACAUUGGGUCAGGUCUGCUACAACUGCAUGGGAAGCCAGGAUGCCACUCAGCCAUGCAUCUCCACUGACUGCUCCAUUCUGUUUCGACGGGUUCUAGCACACAAUGACAACAACAAGGCAGAGUACCAUCGACAGAUGCUCGAGAAAGCUCUUGAGUUUUGAUCUGUCUCGGUCCUUCCUCUAGUGGCUGGGAUCUUGUCUUCCAGAAGAGAGCAUUACACUGCCAAUGAUCAGACAGAACCUGCUGUUUGAAACGCAUACCAAGAUAUAGUAACACUUUCUGACCUAUGUGUUAUAACACCUACACAAAAUGACAUGAUUCUAUUUUUGAUAGAUAUCAAUUUCAAAUAAGUUGCUGAAGUUAAUCUGCACAUCUGUCUGAUUCCAGUUAUUAUUACUGUUGAUGUUCCUGGCUUUCCUCGGUGAACAAAUUUGUUUAGAAUAGAUAUCCAUGUCUGUUGUGAAAAUAGUUCACACCACUUGCAUGUGCACACUUUUAAAUAAACCACUAUGGGAAUGUUCCCAGGAAAUGUAUCAAACACUUUCAUGACUGGUCUCUGCUGAUUACCACCUGCUGCUGUUUCUAGUCCUGGGUACCAAAUCCAGACUCAUUAGUGGGUUAAUGAACACCAAAACGUUAACUAUAGCCAGCUGGCAGACUCGCAUGCAGCAGAUACUAGUGGGUUCUAGAACACAUACCUAAUUACAGGAGGCUGACAUUCAUCUACAGGGACAACAUCCACUUUGCUGUAAUGCAUUUGAUAGUGUGAUUGUGACAUCCAUUUACUUAUUCUAUGAAUACUUUGGAUUCUAAUUUUGUUGUACCAAUACAGUGCUUGUCUUUGAAGGGUAAAUGUUCAUCAAUUCACAUGUCAAUUUGAUGGCAAAACAGUCCAAACCUACGAGUGCCAGUCCUGAAUAGUUCUCAAAGUGCCUUUUAUCGACAGCACACUGAACCACGUAUCAUGACGUAUUAGUUCACCUUUUACUUACACAGACUUCAAACACAUCCAUAGCUUUCUGCUUUUUGACAUAGUGUUAUUUUCUGUGAGCCAUAAUAAGUGUAACCACUUCUUAGUUUGUUGUAUCGGGUAAACUGGAGCUUUGAAAAUGACAUAAUUGUACAUAUGUAGAAUGGAAAUUAAGCUAAAGUGAUCGUAUAGUUGGUUUGGCAGCAGCAACUGCUGAUUUAUGAGUGGUUGUAUCUGAUUCUGUGAUCUCCAUUUCAUCCUUUAAUGUCCAGGUAGAGUCGGCCAAAGAAAAAUGUCUCAGGGACACUACGCUGCCAACGCCUCAUAAUAUUCAACUUAUCUCCCCUAGAAUUGUGGUGCUUCAUUGAAUACUGCUCAACAACAACACUUCACAUUGUGCCGAGUAACUGCUAACAUUUUAUAAUGGAUGUCACAUUGUGCCGAGUAACUGCUAACAUUUUAUAACACAUGUACAUAGGGUCGAGUAACUGCUAACAUUUUAUAACACAUGUACAUAGUGUCGAGUAACUGCUAACAAUUUAUAACACAUGUACAUAGUGUCGAGUAACUGCUAACAUUUUAUAACUCAUGUACACAGACAUUCAUUUAUGUGACGUUCUUUAAUCAUCCACAUCAUGCUUUUUAGACGAUAGUCAUUACCAUAAUCAGUAAUUUAGGAUUACUUGCACAAUUUAUGAUAUUGAUGUAAUUGUUGUGUUUUUUAUUUUGUAAGAAAUGGUUAUACUGCUAAUUAAGGUAGAAUGCAACUGUAAUGUAUUAAAAAUAAACAGUAAAAAUUCAUUGUUGUUGCAAUAAUGUGAAUGUUGUAAUACUGCAAUACAAUAUAUUUCAGUACAAAUUAUAUAUAGCAUUUGCAUGUAUCUUUAAGAGUGCUUGAUUUUGAUGUUUAACAUGAAGGCUGUAAGUGGGGUUUUUGUGCUGGUAAGAUGUGUUUAUAUGAAGUUACUUGUUUAUGAUAUUUUCUCGAUUGCUUGGAAGUUGUUUGUGUGUGCUGUAUAGUUCAACUGGACAUAGAUUCUUUAUCUUGAGUUUCCAUCUGUAUUUGUUUACAUCAGUCGCCCAGCAGCAUGUCCACUAUCUAUGUGGUAAAGCUGAUACUUUUAGAGUGGAUUGCAUUCAGUGAUCGAUUCAGUAGUUAAGACUCAUCAGUGUCAGUUUAAUCUUUCUGAACACAUUUGAAUACCAUGCUUGCAUUACAGUUAUCCUUAGCUGCAAUAACUGUAUAUGUACAGAUGAGGAUUUGUAACUAACAUCUUACACAUUGCUCAGGACUUAAACAAAUUGUUUCAUUGAUUUUUUAAUGUGUUGCUUUUGUUACAGAAUUUUGAUAUACUAUUGAAGCAGUAUAAGAUAAGCAUAGUUAACAAAUGGCUUUUACAUAUUUAGAAUAAAAAUACUGUAUGCCUUUGUAUGUACAAAAACAGUUCUGGCAUAUCUGUGGUAGAUAGGUGGUAAUUGUACAUGUCAAUUUUAACAGGUGGAACUGUGCUCCAAGCAGGACAAACUAAGCAUAGUAUUAAAUCAGUGAUAGGGAGAUUUGACAUAAAUAAUAAUUUUUAAAAUCCCAACAUAUUCAAACAUGGCGAAUGUUUCAGUGUGUUGAUAUAACUUGUAUGUUUGAUUUAAUGAGCACUAGAUCAUGCUUAAGUGAAAUAUGUGUGUGAAUAUAUAGAUAGUGGUAGUUUGCUAUUCAUUUUUCACCAAUCGUUUUAUCAUAAGUUAAUGUGUUAUUUACAACAGGCCUUGUGUCAAGUUUUUAUACAUAUUUAGUAUAGAAAUGCAUUCAAUUGUAAAUAUUAUUUCAGAUGUACAUAAUUUUAUGGGUUGAAUUUAUAAUUAUUUGCGAUGUUGUAUGUUAUGUACUGAACUAAAAGUGCAAUAUUUGUGGAAUUAUUUAUAUAUUUAAUAUAUGUGUUUAUAUAAAAUUGUUAGCAAGUGGCUGUGACUGACAGCAUUAUUAUUUGUUAUAAUUCAAGAUGGUAUCUUGCUUUUAGUAGGUGAAUUUUUAAAUUGUUUAUUUAUCUGCUGUAAGCCAAAUAUCUGCCAUGAUUAAGAUAUGCUAGUUUCUUCAGUAGAGAAUAGUGAUGCAAUAGUGACAGUAGUGCUAAAUUGUCCUAGUCACCUGCUUACUAUGUCCUCUUGUUUUCUCUUUAGAGUAGUGAAGUAAAAGUGAUAGUAGUUACUACUGACUACAGGUUGUCUUAAUUACACAGUUAUUAUGUCCUCGGGCAUAAGUUCAGUUAACCACUUGUCGCUAACGUUCGCUAGACUCAUUUUUUCGCUACUCAGUAAACCGAAUUACCACUCAAAUAGUUUGCGGACAUUAGUAAAACAUUUGCUGGCUGAACUUGGGUCUAGUGUCUUACCAACACUAAGUGAAGAUUAUUAAGUUACAUGUCCUUUUACAACAUUGUAGGGUUUUUCAUCUCAAACUUACAAUUUGACAGGAAUAUGCUUUUCACAUCUGGUCAUGUACAAUGUAUGUCUGAUAAAUUUGUCUGGCACUCCACAAGUCAGAAUGUUCAAAAUAUUUGUUAUCAGUUAAAAAGUUUUGAAUUUUGAAAGAUACAAAAGGCAGGAUCAAGAAGGAAGUGUUUCAUUUUGUGACACACUCAACACAUUUUAACGAUGGUUAUAUUGUGAUGUACGUAUAAUUAAGAACCAAAUAGACAAUUAAAGAGAAAGCCUGCUGCCAGCACUCUAUUGGCUACAGCCUUUAGUACACCAGGCGUGGAGCACUGGCUGGAAUGAGAAAUAACCCUAGAGAGACCAUACAUCAGGCAAGCAUGUAACUAUUGGAUUACCAGUAUGUCCCAUCCUUCUCUCUCCCCAAAAAGCCAGGAUCGUCAAAGUGCCUGUACAGGUCUACAGGCCAAAUCAAGACACUGUCUUCAACUUCUAUACAGACAUCCGACCAACCAACAAGGCAUUCAGUGUUCAGUGAGAAAUUAUAUGUUUUAUUUGAAAUAACCUACAAUGUUUUUAAACUACUAUGUACCUUUGUGACUGAUUAUUUAGAGUAGUACCAGUGCUGCCAGCAUGUUAUUAUUAUAAGCAUGUAGGUCCUAGUCUGUGCUCUUAUUUAAUGUGCAAGAAUGCGGCUCACAAAAUCUGAGUAUCACAUUAACUUUAAAGGUUAACUUUAUAAUAAAGUAAAAUUAAAACUAGACAAAACAAGAGUCAAAUAUUAGAAGAUGGCUUUAUGUAUAUUGACAUAAUUUGUAUGAUUUACCCCAUGUGUAGCUGUGUAGUGACACAUAGAAAGUGACUGAUAGUGAUGUCACAGAUGGUUAUCCUUGUUUUCGAACAGAGUUUGGGAUGUUUAGCUUGGGUAUUUUCUAAGACACUUUAUGGAUUACACAUUCAUAGUUCAUAAAUUUAUUGUGAAGUUAACCUUUAAAUAUAUUAGAGGCUAGCAACCGAUUGAUGCCAGAUCUGUUGUAAUUAAAAUAUGUAAUUUAUACACGGAUUACUGCCAACUAUUUCAAUCUAGCAAUUUGAUUACUGCCAGAUAUUUUGAUGAUUACAAUAUAUUGUAGACAUGUACUUAGUUUCUGACUAAUAUUUUACACAUUUCAGCUUAUAACUGUUGAUCAUUUGCAAAAAGUGAAUGGUUUUACGAAUAUCCUCAGCAAAUGGCUGUCAAAGUCAGCAUCCUUUAUAUUAUCAUUUUGAAAUUGCUAUAUACUGCCCAACAUACCGGUACUCUCUAGUUUGUUAUGACUGAUCAUUAAACAUUUUACUAACUGAAAAGUUUGGGAAUAAAUGUUUUUACAUUAAAAUUAAUUGCAAGUAAUGUAAAUUAUUACCCAUAUGGUUAAAAAUAUUUCAGAACAUAUCAAAGUGAUACGUC